GCGCGGCCCGGGCCGGAAGUCCGCGAGUUCCCGGGCGUAUGUCUGUGUCUGUGUCUGAGUCUCGAAGAGGCGCGCGGCCCGGGACUAUCACUGCGGGUUCCCGCCUGAGGCGUCACCGCUGUUAUCACCCACGGAGCCACUUCUAGAGGGGAGUAGACCCGGCUUUUCGCCGGGCAUUGAAGAUGUUGCCCCUGUCCAUCAAGGACGAUGAAUACAAACCACCUAAGUUCAAUCUGUUCGGCAAGAUCUCGGGCUGGUUUAGGUCUAUCCUGUCGGACAAGACGUCUCGGAACCUGUUUUUCUUCCUGUGCCUGAACCUCUCUUUCGCUUUUGUUGAACUACUCUACGGCAUUUGGAGCAACUGCUUAGGCUUGAUUUCCGACUCUUUUCACAUGUUUUUCGAUAGCACUGCCAUUUUGGCUGGACUGGCAGCAUCUGUUAUUUCAAAAUGGAGAGAUAAUGAUGCUUUCUCUUAUGGGUAUGUUAGAGCGGAAGUUCUGGCUGGCUUUGUCAAUGGCCUAUUUUUGAUCUUCACUGCUUUUUUUAUUUUCUCAGAAGGAGUUGAGAGAGCACUAGCCCCUCCAGAUGUACACCAUGAGAGACUGCUUCUUGUUUCGAUUCUUGGGUUUGUGGUAAACCUAAUAGGAAUAUUUGUUUUCAAGCAUGGAGGUCAUGGACAUUCUCAUGGCUCUGGCCAUGGACACAGCCAUUCCCUCUUUAAUGGUGCUCUGGAUCAGGCCCAUGGCCAUGGAGAUCAUUGCCAUAGUCACGAAUUGAAACAUGGUGCUGCGCAUAGUCAUGAUCAUGCUCAUGGACACGGACACGGUCACUUCCAUUCCCAUGAUGGUACUUCCUUAAAAGAGACAGCAGGACCCAGCAGACAGAUUUUACAAGGCGUAUUUUUACACAUUCUAGCAGAUACACUGGGGAGUAUUGGUGUAAUUGCCUCUGCCAUCAUGAUGCAGAAUUUUGGUCUGAUGAUAGCAGAUCCUAUUUGUUCAAUCCUGAUAGCUAUGCUCAUAGUUGUAAGUGUUAUUCCUCUUUUAAGAGAGUCCGUUGGAAUAUUAAUGCAGAGAACUCCUCCCCUUUUGGAAAAUACUCUGCCUCAGUGCUAUCAGAGGGUGCAGCAGUUACAAGGAGUGUACAGUUUACAAGAUCAGCACUUCUGGACCUUAUGUUCCGACGUUUAUGUUGGGACCCUGAAAUUAGUAGUAGCGCCUGAUGCUGAUGCCAGGUGGAUUUUAAGCCAAACACAUAAUAUUUUUACUCAGGCUGGAGUGAGACAGCUUUAUGUACAGAUUGACUCUGCGGCCAUGUAAUGAAUGAAAAGAAAUUAUACUUUUUGGGGGACCGACUUUUCUGGUACUGUACAAUCCAAAACAUUGUACCUGGCUUUUUGAAACAGAGAAAUCAUCACUACAGCUCCCCCGCACAAAGUAGACCAGGUAGCUGUGUGCACUCUGCCGGGAGUUCAUAGCUAAGGGACCAGAAUUAAGAUGAUCUGUUCUGGACUUUGGUCUUUUGUGCUCUUUCCUCCAAACCAUUUUAAUUUCUGAGGUUUCUAGUUUUGUUCCAGGGUGUUGCUUUUUUUGUUUGUUUUCUUUUCUUUUCUUAUUUUUCCAUUUCAAAUGUCCGCAUGCCCACCUCUCAUCCCUAGCCAGAAAGAAAUUCAGAUUGUGGGCCUCCGAUCAUCUGAAGUGUUUUCACUGAAGCUGUUGGAAACCACUGCUUUCAUUCCCACAAACCAGUGUUAUUAAAAAAAAAGAAAGAACGAAAGAAAGAAAUGGAAAUGUUUUAUAUGUAAUGUCACAAUUGUUGACAUUCUUCAGCAUAAUCAUAUGUUCGUAAAAUUGUUUGUACCUUGCAAACUUAUGAACCAAACCAUAUUGGGUUUUCAAAGUGCCUUCGUCUCAGAAAACAUUUGCCAACAUGGAAAUUUACCAUCGAAGGUCAUGUGUAUGUGUGUUUUUUUAAAUGGAUAUUCUGUGAUCUGUACAAAAUAAGACUCUUGUUAGGAAUGUAUACAGAUUGUCUUUUUGUGUACUUCCAGCAUAGGUUUAGAUAUAUGAAAAAUUUCCUUUUAUUAUUUUAUCUCAUCAAAAAAUAAAAGGCGUUUUUUGCUUUUUAAAUCAAAUCCAAUUAUCACACUAAAUUAUUUUGUGGACUGUAUUUUUAAGACUUUGCAAAUGCAUCUGUUACAUAGACAGUCAUUUUCACUUCUUUAAAACAUUUACUAAAUUCCAAAUUUUUAUAAAAGCUACUGUGUCUAUGAUAAACUUUCCUAAUCUGUCCUUGCAAUUUUUGUGGAUUUUAUUAGUGAAAAGAAGAGGCAAUAUAGAAUGAAGACAGAUAUGGUUGUGACAACGUCAUUUUGCUUUUUCAUUCUUCAAAUGCCAAGUCAUAUAAUCUGUUUUCUUGUGCACGUGUUGCACAAAUACGAUUACUUUUUUGAAUCUCAAAGCAGCAUUUAUUGAAUUUGAACUGUUGAAGGUAUGGAUCAAAUGUGGUAAUAUAUAACUCUUCCUAACGCAGGUAUCUCAGAGGUUAGAAAAUGUUGAUUUCUAGGUUCUUGCGUAUUUGAAAAAUAAAAUUACAAUUUGAGAUGA